AUAUUAAGCUAAAUAUGAUGGACUAUGAAGUGUCUGUACAACAGCUUAAUGACCUGUUAAGAGAUGAGAAUGGGGACUUUUGCAUGCCAUCCAGAAAUUUUGAUGAAGUUUACCCUAGGAUUCUUCUUGGAAAUAAAUCUGUGGCCACAAAUGUGAAACUCUUGCAACAACAGGGAGUGACUCAUAUUCUAAAUGCUGCAGAGGGAGAAUCAUUAAUGCAUGUAAACACUAAUGCAGUAUUCUAUGCAGAUACUGGAAUUAUUUACCAAGGAAUACAAGCCAACGACACUGACCAUUUUGAUCUAAGUAUAUACUUUGAAGAGAGUACUAACUUUAUAGAGAAGGCCUUAUUAUACAAAGGCGGCAGAGGAAAGGUGUAUGUGCAUUGCCAAAAGGGAUACAGUCGUUCAGCAACGCUAGUUAUUGCUUAUCUAAUGUUAAGGCAGAAACUGGAUGUUCAAACUGCCCUGUCCACAGUAAGAGAGAAGCGAGAAAUCGGACCUAAUGAUGGCUUUCUGUACCAGCUUUGCUGCCUCAAUAAAAAACUGAAAGAAGAGGAAUGGUCCUAAAAAAUGGUCCUUAUUUUCAAGCUAAAAUGAUCCCAAGUAUAUUAGCAAUAAUUUGAGAAUGUGACAAAAAGGUAUAUUUGUCUUAUUUAGAUGUACAAUCAAUAAAGCACUGAAAAGUUA